UAACAAACAAUCGCAAAAUCGACUUCCCACGAGUCGCGACUAGAGUCAGUGGAAGCGGGAAGUUCGUAGUGUAACUUCAAACUGCAAUAUCGAGUUGAUUUGUUUUCAUUACAAACAUUUUUACAAUUUCUGGAUUCUGAGAGGAUGAAAUCCUCUUAAGAAGUCUCAUAGUUGGAUCGUUGUUAUUCUUUGUUGGAUGUUUACAAACAUUAGGACAUAAUGACGUCACUAUUGGAGGCUCUGGAACAGAAAUAUGGAGAGAGGGAAAUGGCCUUCGAGGAUUUGGACGAUUCGAAAUAUGAAGAUAUAGCUAUUUCCAUAUUUGUGCCUUGUAGGUCACCCAGAGCUCUGGUUCCAUCCCUUUUGGUAUUGAAUGACUGUGAUAUUACCACUGCCGGGGACAGAGAAGCUUUAGUAGCAAAAUGUUCUUGCGUUGAAGAGCUGGAUCUCGCAAAAAAUAAGCUCCACGAUUGGCCAGAGGUAUUCUGCAUUCUUCAACAGAUGCCCCGGCUCAAAUUCGUGAAUUUAAGCUUCAACGAAUUAUCCACGCCCAUAAAUAAAAUAGACCUUUAUUGGGAACAGCUACGCAACCUCGUCCUGAACUCCACCUUCAUCAGAUGGGAAAGCAUCCAGGAGAUUCUCGGCCAUCUUCCCCAGCUGGAAGAGCUCCAUCUGAGCCUCAACGAUUACAAGCACGUACAUCUGUUUCGUGAAGAGGACGAUUGCGACUGUCAAGCGGAAGAACGCGCGACCAAGAACCACGAGACGAAUUGCUGUUGCCCAAAAUUCGAUUACCGGGGAAAACAUUCGCACACCAAACUGAGAAAAUUACACUUUACGGGGAAUCCCGUGAGAGAAUGGUGGCAGGUCUGCAAGCUCGGUUACGCCUUUCCCAACCUGGAGUCGCUGGUACUUGCCAAUUGUCCGAUCGAUUCCCUGAAAAUCGACGUGUCUAGAUGUUCCUGUGAUAAAAAGUGCCGUUCUAUGAACUCGCAAGAAGCUUUCAAGAAACUUGAAAUUUUGAAUUUGAAUUCUACCGAUUUGUCCGGUUGGGAUGAUGUUGAAACGUUGGCGAAAUUUCCUGCCCUGAAUUGUGUCCGAGUUCAGGGAUGUCCUUUGUGGGAAAGCAACGAGUAUACAGAACAUGAAAGGAGGCAGCUAUUCAUCGCUAGACUACCAAACGUGAACACCUUGAAUGGAGGUGGUAAAAUUGGGCAUGAUGAAAGGGAAGAUGCCGAGAGAGCAUUCAUAAGGUAUUAUAUGGAAAAACCAGAAUGCGAAAGACCUGACAGGUAUUUCGAAUUGGUUUCCAUCCACGGAAAAUUGGACCCGUUGGUGAACAUAGAUCUAAGACCCGAAAAACGGGUUAAAGUGUUGUUCACCUGCGGUAAUAACAGCGAAAUUCGUUCGGUUGAUGUCUAUCGCACAGUCAGCGAUCUCAAGCUCAAACUGGAAGCAUUUGCUGGAUUUUCCGCAUCGAAAAUGAGAUUAUUUUACGUCGAUCAGGACCUGAGGGAUAUUCAGGGUCCUGAGGAAAUGAAAUAUCCCCAUAAGCAGCUUUACAGUUAUAAUAUUUACUCAGGCGAUGAGAUAAUAAUCGACUAUAAGGGUAGAUCAUCCGAAAGAAAUUCUCUGAGCCAAUCAAUUUAAACUAUAUUUUUCCUGUUGCAAAGCUUAAUUAACAUAUUCCGAUUUUAAUUCCAUGCAGAUUGAGAGUUUAGUUUAUAUUAACGAAAAAGUGGUCUGUGAUGUCGUUGACCAUUUCAAAACAGAUGAAAUGUCGGUUGUUUGAUUAGUUGUCGUUUUACAAAUAAGUGGACGAAUAAAUGUGAGUACGAAAAUAAGUAUUUCCAUGAGCUUAAUUUUUUUAUUCAUUUUCUAGUCAUCAAGUCAAGUGAUAUACCUACUCAAAAUUUUUUCAAGUUUUUGAAUUAUAGACCAAACAAACGAUUAUUACCUAAUAAUUAUGGUUUGUGCCCGUUUAAAAUUUCUAUUGUUAUCAAAAAUUCUGAUUUUUCCAUAAAAAAUCUUUUCGCCAUUCGAUCCAUUCAAAGGAAGGUAGCAUUUCCUUGAACCGUUAAAUUUUUCAGAUUUUAUGAAUCACUACUUUAUUUGCAACAAGAGGACAGUUGUAGUGUUUUGUUUAUGAAUAAAGGAAUUAUUCCAAGUUAUAUGUGAUUACUGAUUAUUAUUAUAUUAUAUAAGGAUAAUGGCUCGCGUUACUUUUUAAGAAUUCGAGAGCAAUAAUUAUAAUUCUCUUCAUAAUACCUAAUUACUAAAAUCCAGUUUAAGCAGCUUUAAAUAUAAAUCAUAUUAAUCCUACUAAAAUUUCCGCAACAAAACUAUACUGCCAUUCAUACUCCAUAAGUUUGUACAACUUAUUAUAGAUUUAGUUGAAAAAUAUGAAUGUUUAAUAAAAUAAAUAAAAAACUU